UAGGCAAAACCCUAAGUUUCAUCAUAAAAAAAUGAGCAUGAUGCAUAAUCUUCAGCAACACGCAAAGCGAAUCCUCGCUUACACUAGCAGGCCUCGAUUCUUCUGCUCCUACAGAACCAGAACCUUAUCGUCUCCGACGAACCGUACUCUGCAGAUUCGGAUCGAAACGGCUGCAGAUAAUAAAGCAGCAAUCACUACGGUUCUUGAGCAAUGGCAACAACAACAGUUAGGGUAUCAUUUAAACCCUUCCUUGGUGAGAUGUAGUGUCGAGGAGCUCCACGAUUCCAAGAGCUUUCUUAAAGCCCUAGAGCUAUCAGAGUGGAUGAUUGACAAAAAGAUCUGCAAUCACCUCCCGGAAGAUUACACAGUUCGAUUUCAUUUGAUUGAGAACGUAUUGGGAUUAGAAGAAGCAAAGAAGUUCUUUGAGAGCAUCCCGGAGAAUCUGAAAGGUGAAUCUAUCUACAGUACUGCUCUAUUAAAGAGUGACACAAACUCAGGCAAAAAAUCGCUGAGUAAAGCCGAAUCUACUUUCGAUAAGAUGAAGAAGCUAGGUAUGCUCUUGAGAACUUCACAGUACAAUCUGAUGAUCUCACUCUAUAGCUCUCUCGGAAUCCGAGAGGAGAUAUACGGAGAUUGGGAACCGCAAGGACUCGAGUUCGAUACUGGAAUACCGGGUUUGCUAAUCUCUCGUUAUAACGAGGAAGAUGAUGAAGCCAAGGUAAGGGAAGUAGAGUAUUCGAGUCGACAAAGUGGAUGCGGAUGAAGUUUAAGCUGUUCAAGGAAAGAUUUGAUCAUUUGUGCGACAGGGAUUGUCGCGACUUCGGUUAUGGUUGCGGUUCCUCUGAUCUUGCUAUGGUGUGUUCUAAACCACCCUGUUAUAUGCCUUUUAGUACUUGCUUUCGCUUUGAAAGCAUUCUUGGACUCUUAAUGGUUAAUUUGGCCACUCCCUGUAAUGUCGC